AUGGAAAACUACACCUACAACAGUCCCACACUUCAGCUGGAGGGCUUGCAGUUUGCAGAUUACUCAGUGAGCCUUGUCUUUUUCCUGUUUCUGUUUUCCUACAUCAUAUUUAUGAUUAUGAAUCUGGGUAUUUUAAUAAUCAUUGUCUUUGAAAAGAACCUUCAUCAGCCCAUGUAUCUGCUGUUUGUCAACCUGACGGUCAGUGACAUCAUUGGAAGUACGCAUAUUUUACCCCGUUUGCUUUCAGACAUCUUGCUGCCUCCAUCUGAGCGUCUCAUCAGUUAUUAUGAAUGUGUGGUUCAAGCUUUUAUUACGCACAUGUUUGGCACCACUUCCCACACAGUGCUUAUGGCCAUGGCCUUUGACAGAUACGUGGCCAUCUGUCGUCCCCUGUUCUACAGCACAAUAAUGACCAACAUGAUGAUAGUAAAGCUGGUAGCGCUGUCCUGGGGCGUGCCGUUUGUGCUGGUUGCUAUUCUGCUGGGUCUGACUGUGAGGCUAAACCGAUGCAGGACCCUCAUCACCAACCCUUUCUGUGAUAACGCCUCACUUUUCAAGCUUUCCUGCGAGAGUGUGAUCAUUAAUAAUAUCUAUGGUCUGACAUUCACUGUGCUGCUGUUUGUAGCGUCUAUUGGCUGCAUUGUUCUCACCUAUGGGAGCAUCACAGCAGUCUGUCUGGCCACUAAGAACAAAUCUUUAAACAGUAAAGCAUUUAAGACUUGCAGCACACAUCUGGUCGUUUAUCUUAUUAUGUCCCUUAGUGGCGUCACGAUUGUGGUUCUCCAUCGGUUUCCCCAAUAUUCAGACUACAGGAAACUCUCAGCUGUCUUGUUCGUCAUUGUCCCAGGGACCCUCAAUCCCGUUAUUUAUGGUUUACAGUCCAAGGAGAUACGAAAUUUUUUAUAUAAACUUUUUAGAAACCAGCUCUGCCUCUGA